UGUGUUUCCAAUUAUCAACAUCAGUCACAAUAAUUCUGUUAGCGUGAUAAGUUAUGGAGAGGUUCGAUAUCAAAAGUUCAGACAUUCAUACGUUGCUUCAAAACUGCCUCGAAGAAAACAACUAUAAAAAUUUUAAUGUGAACAUCACAGGCACCACGGGUGUUGGCGAAGGCUACACUGGAUUGGUGAUAUUUGCUGAAGCUUCCGGCAUACAUAAUGGAGAAAAAAUUACUUUAAAAUUCGUAAUAAAACACAGCACAACCAAAAAAGAAUACAGAAAAGAGGUUCCCAUAAAUACUUUAUACAAAUUGGAAGCCUUAGUUUACGAAUCGCUCUUCCCAAAAUAUCAACAGCUCAUAAACCAAACAGGCGCAACUGCCCUAAAUUUACCAAAAUGGUAUAAAUCAGUAUUUGGAGAAGAUUCUGAGAUAAUGAUAUUCGAAGACCUCAAACAGAAAGGUUACGAAAUGCACGAUAGAAAAGUACGAUUCAACCUAGACCAUAUAAAAGUGGUUUUGGAAAAAUAUGCCAAAUUACAUGCCUUGUCUUUUGCCAUGAGAGAUCAAAGACCAAAGGAAUUUAAUGAAAUUGUGACUACCAUAGAUGGCUUGAAUAGGGGUAAAAAGAGUGCGACAAUAGGAUUUUUUCAGGAGUUUUCCAAAAUACUUCCACAAACAUUGGAACUCAACAACGAAAAUGAAUUACUUAACAGGGUUAAACAGAUUGAAAUUUGUGAUUUAUAUGAUAUAAUAGAUAAUAGUGACAACCAGAGUGUCAUUUUACAUAUAGACUGCUGGAAUAACAAUUUCUUAUUUAAAUAUCCAGCACGUCAAUCAAAAGCCAAGCCUGACGGUGUGAUAAUAAUUGAUUGGCAACUUGCGAGUGUGGGAAGUCCAAUAUCAGACGUAAGUUUGGCUAUUUUUAAUUCAAUCACCUGGGAAAAUUAUAAUAAAAUAGAGGAACUAUUAGAACACUAUUACUCAACUUUCAGUGAAUAUCUAACAUCACUAGGCAGUGAUUCGCAACAGUUAUUUUCCAAAGAACGUUUCUACAAAGCCUGGAAAGAAAAUGCCAAGGUGUGCCUUCUGCUGACUCCUUUUGUCAUUGCCUUAAGCGAAAGGGAUGAUGCUGACAUUCCUGAUAUUGCCGAAAACCAUUCUCUCAAGGAGGUCUUCAAGUGCAAAAACUCUAAAAAAUCAGAUGAACGGAUAAUCAAAUUUACACAAUACAUGAAAGAGAAAUCGUUAAUAUAAAUUGCAAUAAACUUGUAAAAUU